AUGUCGUCCUGUUACCGAUGUGGUGAGAGUGGCCAUUUCGCCCGGGAGUGUCAAAACGCUGGAGAUGGUGGUCAACGCGGAGGCGGAGGCGGUCGUUCUGGAGGCGGUGGUGGUGGUGGAGGUGGCACCUGCUACAGCUGCGGCAAGUCCGGUCAUUUCUCGAGGGACUGUGAGGAGCGUGGCACUGGCGGCGGCGGUGGCGGACGUGGUUCUGGAGGACGCGGUGGCGAAUGCUAUCAAUGUGGAGAGACGGGCCACAUGUCGCGCGAUUGUCAAUCAGGUGGCCGCAGCGGCGGAGGAGGAGGACGAUCAGGAGGACCAAAAUGCUACAGCUGUGGCGAGAGUGGACAUAUGUCCCGAGAUUGUCGUCAGGGUGGUCAAGGUGGUGAAGGAGGGGGCCGAGGUAGCACUCAAAAAUGCUACAAUUGUGGACAGACAGGACACAUCUCGCGUGAGUGCACUGCAAAC